GCUCAAGCCAUUUUGGCUGAAGCACAGUUGUGCAUUUUCUCUCCUCGCAGUUUCCCAGCACGCCCCGCCGCGGCAGCGGCCCCCCACUUCACCGCGCCGCCAGCGCCAUGGCCUUCUACCGCUCCGGCGGCGUCGGCUCUGGGCCCUUCGGAGGCUACGGCGGGGGCCUCGGCGGCGCGGGCGGCGCCUACGGCGGAGGCGGCGGCCUCGGCUCGGGGCUCUUUGGGAGCUACGGCGGCGGCCUCGGCUCGGGGCGCUUCGGGAGCUACGGCGGCGGCCUUGGCUCUGGGCUCUUCGGAGGCUACGGCGGGGGCCUCGGCGGUGCGGGCGGCGCCUGCGGCCCAGGCGGCGCCUACGGCGGAGGCGGCGCGCACGGUGCCGGCGCCGGUGAUUGCACGGGGUGCUGCGCCGAGGCCACCGCGUGCAUGGGCUGCGGCCCCGCCUGCGGCGCGACCUGCGCCGACUCCUCCGGCUGCGGGGCGGGCGGCACCACCGUGCUGAGCUACGUGGGCCCAGGGGGCGACUACGCCCAGGAGACCACCUACAGGUACGUGGGCACGGGCGCGGGCGAGUUCGGCGUGGUCCGCAUCCCGGGGCGCGGCCCCAACUGCUGCCUGUGCCUGCUCCUCCAUCUGGGGCUGUCGCUGCUCCUGCUGCCUCUCCUGCUCUUCGCGAUGGCGCCAGGCUCGACGACGACGACCACGACGACCACGACCACCACCAGGCCGUAUAUUCCGCCGAGCACGGCGCCACCCGACACCACCACGACCACCGAGAAGACGACCGCCAGGCCGCCUCCCCCGCCGCCGCCGCCCCCGCCGCCCCCGCCGCCUCCGCCGCCUCCGCCCCCGCCUCCACCCACGAUGACGGAGAAGAGGAUCGACUGCCAGCAGGGCGACGCCAUGAGUUGGGACGUCCCGAAGAAGGUCUUCUGCUGCCUACACGUGGGCAAGGGGUGCCCCACGACGCCGCCCGCGCCCAGCACCAUGCCCGCGCCAGUGCCAGUGGUCACCACCUCGCCCUGUCCGAUCGACUGCAACGCUGGUUACAACGACCUGGAUCCUUUGCAGUGGGUCCGCGGCUGGUCUGGCCAGAAGAAGCUGUACUGCUGCAGGACCGCCAACAGGGGCUGCCCGUCGGAGCUGCCUCCGCCCUCGGGGCUGCCGCCGUCCAACGCUCCGGCGGAGCCAGACAGAAGCGUGUACGACUGCGACGCUGGCUACCACCACUGCAUGCACUGCCUGGAACUCUCGUGGUCGCCGAGGAAGAUCCAGUACUGCUGCGCAAACUUCCACAAGGGCUGCAGGGGCGAGGAGCCAGCGUGAGGAGGAGGCUGCCGGUACCAGCCAGGCCCCGCUGCAGAGGCCAGCACGCGAGUGCUUCCAGAGGGCCUCGCUUGUGCAGGGGGAGGCCCAAAGGAGGCGUUUGGGGGGGCGAGAGCACGAUUCCAACAGACCGCACCAAGCGGAGAGGCCAGGAGGCAAAGUUUACCCUGGCCAUCUCGUAUUCUUUGUUCGGUCGGAAGGGCGCUGGCCCCAUCGGCUGUUGCGUGAGGGAGGGAUGAGCAUCUUGCUGCCAUUAUUUUCGCUCGCAUGUGAGUGCCUAGUGGCCAGCAGAGUUGUCAAGCUCAAGUUGUUUUACCUUCACAGUGAGCGUACUCCUUCCGUACAUUCGAUCGUAGGUAGGCGCGGACGCUUGUCCGCAACGGUCUUUUUUGUUCGCGCCACUAUCGGUCAA